AUGGCGCCCCGCAAGACCACCGCUGGCGACAAGAUCCCGAAAGCAAAGAAAGCAUCCAUUAUCAAAAAGAGCGAAGACAAGGUUAUCAAGCGGCCCGCCCGCGGAUAUCACAAAUUUCGGAAUGGUCUGCUGAAUGUCGCGCCCAAAGGUGAUGAGAAGGAACUCACCAAGCAGAAUCGUACCUCUCCACUUCUACGACUACCGCCUGAGAUUCGCAAUAUCAUCUGGAAACUUGUGUUAGGCGGAAAUGUAUAUCGCACGUGGUUGUGUGGCCGCCUUGAGUCUCCAUCGCCAGAGCCGAAGAACGUCAUGGCGCUUCUGCGCACCUGUCGCCAGGUGUAUGCAGAAGCUGCACUCAUGCCGCUCACGCUUACCAUAUUCACGACCGAUUAUAUUCCGUACGCAGCAAGGGAUCUGAGGAAGCUGAAGCCACAACAACGCAGAUUGAUCACGUUCUUUCAGAUGGUUAUUUCUCAUCCCAACAGCAUAAGUUAUCACUACCUGAAAUACGGCUUGAACCUUGCAAAAUUACUCCCUUGCCUCCAAGAUCUGCAUAUUCGAGUGUUCGAGGUCUUAGAUACAUCAACUCAAAAGGUCAACGAGGAGCGGAUACGUAAGCAUCUCGAGCCAGGUCUUCAUGAAAAGCCGAUCACUAUAAAGAUUGAACAGACCGAUAAGAAGUGGAUCAACGUCAAUGAUGCAUAA